AUGUCUCAGCACCAUGUACCAGAGGAUAUUGAAGUCAUGGAGAGCAGCUCCACUGCAGGCUUUGAUUCUGACUCUGACAACUUGUCAUCAGAUUCAGACAAGGCACUCAUGAAGUUUUGUGCUGCUGUUGUGUCUUUAUGGGACAAUGCUUUAAUUGCAGACCUUCAUAAGGCGCUAGAAACUGCACAGAAGCUGCUGUUGAAUAUGCAAGGCCAACAGUGGGAGUUCUUGAAGCAGAAUGUGCUUCUGGAAACUUCAGCAGCCAAAGGUCAGAAGAGACUCACUUGUAAUGAACUCGAGCUAGCUAUCAACUCUCAGAUUUUUCCCUUGCGCGCAUGUCCCAACAUUGACAUCAACAGUAAGGAGCGCUGGCUGUCUCUACUUUCAAUUGAAGAUGGUGUGAAAGCCGAGUUGUUCUUGUUCAUUCCUGAAGCAGAUCGUGAAAUGAUGAAUCACAAGCACUUCAGUAGUCAUGUCAGUGCAGUUGAUGUCCUUAGUUUUGAGACCCUAUCUGACUUCUUCAACAUCAAGACAUGUGCCAGAGCUAUCUUUGGUUUGAAUCCUGAGUUCUUCCUUUGA